AAGAAGGUCUCCAGUCAAAGCUUUCAAAAAUAAAACGGUUAUUGGCGAACAUAGAGUGCCACAAUAUCAAGAUUUUUUAAUGGAAAAAAAACACUCACCACGAUGGAAGCAAUAAUGCUAGCCGGUAGUUAUAAAUGACCAGCAGUUAAAUAGCAGAGUAACUUAGUGAAUGAACUGAGUGAAAUUAGAGAAAUUACCUAACAAAUAGUUGGUCGGUAAUGGUAAAUGUUGUCUGUUUUGUGUCUUCCUCUUAUAGGUAAGUGUGAAAGACAAGUAGCGCUUACCUGUUCACUUUUGCAUUUAUAGCCUAGCUAGCCACCUGGUUGCCAAGGAAACAGAGAGCUCUUAACGGUUUAGUUUGAGGCAAACGUUUUUCCAAGCUAAGCUAAGUGUCAAAGUCAAGUGGCGCCUACUUGUUCACUUUGGCAUUUAUAGCCUAGUUAGUCAUCUGGUUGCCGAGGAAACAGAGGGAUCUUAACGGUUUAGUUUGGGGCAAAAUUUUCCCAAGGUAAAAUACAGCUUUAUUCACUCAGAAAAACAUGUUAAGUUAUGAUUUUUUAAAAUAAUUUGUAGGCUACUGUCAAAAUGAAAGCUGCCCAAACAUGUUAUAUAGUAACCUACAGUUAUGUACUUUUCUAUAAGUAGCCAUCAGUUAUGUAGCUACUGCGCAAUAGGUUAUAUAGUAGCCUACAGUUAUGCACUGUGCUAUAUGACAAUUAUAUGUUUAUAGUACAGUUUUUAUUGUAAAAUGUUUUGUCUCAUAAUCUCUAGAAGGCAACAGUUUUUGUCCAUGUGGGACCUUAAGUCCAGCAUAUGUACGAUAAUGUUACAAGUUGAGGAGCAGUCAGUGUGUUUUAAACUGAUAUUUUAUUAAACAAUUAGCUAAUAUUUAUAAAGACUAUCUCGUACAGGGAGCUUCCGGGACCAUACUGUCUUAUUGUGAAGGUAAAAUCCUGGUAUCUCCGGUCUGCCUUUCUCUGGCGGGCUUGACGCAGCUCUCCGUCUCCCCGGUGCGCCUGAACUCCGGUACCUGACACCGCAGAGCGCGUCCAGGGGCUGAGGGGACGCAGAAGCACGGGGAGCCACCCGGUCCUGUUUAACUUUACUUUCCCCGUUUAUUGAAACUUCUGCGCCUCAUCCCUCUCUCAUCUUUUAUCUUUUCUUCAUCCUGCCGACUGGCGAACUGAGUUUGGAUUUGCAGGGGGAGGGGGGGUGGCAGGAGGCAGAGGACCAGCGGGCUGCUCUCAGAUGGAGCACCAGGGCUCCGGGAGCUCAGGGCGCACGGCGGACCCGGAGUGAGUGACGCUGGUGGAUGGACGCUGCUCCAAGGUUCAGGCUGUUCACAGCACGGCCAUGACGGGCACUCAGGAGCCAGACCUGCAUGAGCAGCACAGAGCACCAACGCAGGAGGAAGGGGAUGAGGAGGAGGAGGGGGAGAAGGUGCAUGUGUCAGUUGAGGGAGAUGAGAGGGAGCAGGAGGAAAAGGAAGAGCUGCCAUACCCCACUCUAGCACCAGUGGUUCUUUUGGCUCUGACCCAAACCAGCCCGCCCCGCUCCUGGUGCCUUCGAGCCGUCUGCCACCCAUGGUUUGAGCGUGUGAGCAUUUUGGCGAUCCUGCUGAACUGCGUGACUCUGGGGAUGUUCCAGCCCUGUGACCACACCCCCUUCCUGCUGCAGGCUCUGGAUGAUGGGAUCUUUGUGUUUUUUGCCGGGGAAAUGGUGGUGAAGAUGGUGGCUCUUGGGGUCAUAGGUCAGAACGGUUACCUUGGUGACACAUGGAACAGAUUGGACUUCUUCAUUGUUAUAGUGGGAAUGCUGGAGUACUCGCUUGAUGGACACAAUGUCAGCCUAUCAGCUAUCCGGACUGUUCGGGUUCUCCGCCCACUGAGAGCUAUCAACAGAAUUCCCAGUAUGCGUAUCCUGGUGACCCUCCUCCUGGAUACACUUCCCAUGCUGGGCAACGUGCUGGCACUGUGCUUCUUUGUCUUCUUCAUCUUCGGCAUCGUUGGUGUGCAGCUGUGGGCGGGGCUAUUAAGGAACCGCUGUUUCAUGGGAGAGGAUGUCAAGAUGAGAUAUAACAUUUCCUUCCUGAGUGGCUACUAUCGGCCAGAUGCCACCGAUGACCACCCCUUCAUUUGCUCGACAGAAAGAGACAACGGGAUGCUUCGGUGUUCUGAUGUGCCUCGCCGCCGUGUAGACGGGACUUCCUGUUUCCUGGGUCCUGAGGAGCCCCGUCCAGAGAUGGGACUUAGAAUAGAUGAACCGGUGUCAUGUGUGAACUGGUUCCAGUAUUACAAUGAGUGUCGAGCUGGGGAAAUUAAUCCACACAAAGGAGCAAUUAACUUUGAUAAUAUUGGAUAUGCAUGGAUUGCCAUUUUUCAGGUAAUUACUCUAGAAGGUUGGGUAGACAUCAUGUACUACGUCAUGGAUGCACAUUCUUUCUACAAUUUCAUCUACUUCAUCUUCCUCAUUAUAGUGGGCUCCUUCUUCAUGAUCAACCUGUGCCUGGUCGUCAUAGCGACCCAGUUUUCAGAAACAAAGCAGAGAGAACACGCCUUAAUGAAAUCGGAGCAGCGUGCUCGCCAGCUCCACCAAUCAGCUUCCACGCUGGCCAGCGACAGCCAACCGGGAAGCUGCUACGAGGAGAUCAUUCGCUACCUGGCUCACCUGGGCCGCAAGGCGUGGCGACGACUGUCCCGGUUUUACGCUAAGAAACGUGCACACUUUCAUUGCACGUGUGUGUGCCACAAAGACAGUGGUGGUGCUUCUGCCAGAGGUAGCGGAGUCGGGGAGAUGAAUGGACUUGCCCACCGGCAUUCAGGCCACGCCCCCAAUGACCUGUCUCACCUUCAUCAGCUUUAUCAUCAUCAUCACCAGCAUCAUCACCAGCACCAUCAGCCUCAAUCUGAGCGUCCUGUCAGUAAUGGAGAGAACGGUUUUAAUUAUCCCAUCAUAUCACCCCUCUUCAGUCACCUGGAUGCAAAGGGUCGGGACCAGAAGAGGCUGGUUGCCACGGAGACCAUCAACAGACUGCCACAGCUGGUGUUGGAGCAUGGUGAGAACGGAGGUGGGAGCGCUGGGCAUCCUGCGUUACCGUUGCCAGGUGAAGUCUCGGGAGAGUCCUCAGUAUGCCCGUACUGCAUCUACUACAACCAACUUAGUGACAGCGAAAAUGUUAAUGAGCAGCCUGAAGACCAGCAACAUGGGUACAGCAACUCAUGCCAUGGUAACAGCCAGUGUCAUAGUAACAGCCCAUGCCACUGUAGCAGCCCCUGCCGUGGUGAUGCACAGGUGUCUGAGCCAAAGAAAAGGCUAUGGGAGCGUUGCUGGGCGGGACUCAGAACUAAACUGGAACUCAUUGUUGGCAGCAGAUACUUCAGCAGAGGAAUCAUGAUUGCCAUCCUUAUUAACACACUCUCGAUGGGCAUAGAGUACCACGAACAGCCGCAGGCGCUGACGGAUAUUUUGGAGAUCAGUAACAUGGUGUUCACUAGUCUCUUCGGUCUUGAGAUGCUGCUCAAGGUCCUGGCUCUCGGGCUCUUCGGCUACAUCAAGAACCCCUACAACGGCUUUGACAGCAUCAUUGUCAUCAUCAGUGUGUGGGAGAUAGUGGGUGAGGCGGAGGGAGGCUUUUCGGUGCUGCGUACCUUCCGUCUGCUGAGAGUUUUGAAGCUAGUGCGGUUCCUUCCCGCCCUGAGGAGGCAGCUGGUGGUGCUGAUGAAGACCAUGGACAAUGUGGCCACUUUCUGCAUGUUGCUGAUGCUUUUCAUAUUCAUAUUCAGUAUCUUGGGGAUGCAUCUGUUCGGCUGUAAAUUUGGUUUGCGACAAGACAGUGGAGACACUUUACCUGACAGAAAAAACUUUGACUCACUGCUCUGGGCGACUGUCACCGUGUUCCAGAUCCUAACCCAGGAGGACUGGAAUGCGGUGCUCUAUAACGGGAUGGCCUCCACCUCGCCGUUGGCUGCCCUGUAUUUUGUAGCCCUCAUGACCUUUGGCAACUACGUCCUCUUCAACUUGCUUGUAGCCAUUUUGGUGGAGGGUUUUCAAGCUGAAGGUGAUGCCAACAGAUCUGAAACAGAUGACGAGAGACAAUCGCUCUCCUACGACGAUGAGGAGAAGUUGAGGGAGCUGUACGCUGCAGAGCUUAAGAUCCAGGCCAUGAUGCUGAGCCCCAACGGUCUCCUGAACCCAAAAGCCUCCAUGCCCCACCCUCCACCUCCUCCUCCUCCUCCUCCUCCUCCUCCUCUGCCGGUCAUCACACACACUGCAGCCACGCCCACCAUCAACUCCAGCCAGUCACGCCGGGCAAGUGGCGCUUCCAUGGACAUCAACAGCCUUGAGCAGAGGUCCCCGUCUCCGUGGGACAGCGGGCCAGAGAGCCGUCGCUCCAGCUGGACCAGCAUCAGCCGAGCCCCCAGCCUGCACAGGAAGAGUCAGUCGGGGGAGAUGGAGUCCCUGUUGUCUGACACGCACACAAGCUCAAACCACAGCAGCCGAGAGCAGUCUCUGGACCAGCCUGACUACCUGCAGGUCCCCAUGCUCCACCCGCCCGACUGCAACGGCACCACCUUUCACCUCCCUGACCACUGCUACAAUGACGCGCCCCUGACAACACAUUACCAGAGUGAUCAAGAAGAGGAGGAGCUUGAGGAGAGUUUAUGUAAGAAGCUGAAGAAGAUGCUGGAGCCAUAUGAGCCUCAGUGGUGCCUGGAGCAUGAAGGAUGGUCUCUCUAUCUCUUCGCUCCGCACAACCCGUUCAGGCUGUGGUGCCAGAGGGUCAUAGGUCACAAGAUGUUCGAUCAUGUCAUCCUCCUCUUCAUCUUCCUUAAUUGUAUCACCAUUGCACUGGAGAGACCCAACAUACAGCCCAACAGCAUGGAGCGGGCGUUUCUCAGUGUGUCCAAUUACAUCUUCACUGUGAUCUUCAUAGGUGAAAUGAUGAUUAAGGUGGUAGCUAUGGGCCUGUACUUUGGAAACGGUGUGUACCUGCAGAGCAGUUGGAAUGUCUUAGAUGGACUGCUGGUGUUUGUGUCGCUGGUGGACAUCCUGGUCUCUAUCGCGUCAGCAGGCGGUAAUCGUAUCCUAGGCAUACUCCGUGUGCUUCGUCUGCUCCGCACACUGCGACCGCUCAGGGUGAUAAGUCGUGCUCCAGGUCUGAAACUGGUUGUAGAGACUCUAAUCACAUCCCUCAGACCUAUUGGGAAUAUCGUCCUCAUCUGCUGUGCUUUUUUCAUCGUGUUUGGGAUUCUGGGAGUCCAGCUGUUUAAAGGGAAGUUCUUCUACUGUGAUGUUCCCGAUGUGAGUAACAUCACCAAUAAAACUCAGUGUUUGGAGGCAGGACACCGCUGGAUUCGGCGGAAAUACAAUUUUGACAACCUGGGACAGGCGCUGAUGUCACUGUUUGUGCUGUCAUGUAAAGACGGCUGGGUCAGCAUCAUGUAUGAUGGUUUGGAUGCUGCCGGGGUGGACCAGCAGCCAAUAAGAAACAACAACCCUUGGAUGCUGCUGUUCUUCAUCUCUUUUCUCCUCAUCGUCAGCUUCUUUGUGCUCAACAUGUUUGUGGGCGUGGUGGUGGAAAACUUUCACAAGUGUCGCCAACAGCAGGAGGAGGAGGAGGCGCGACUGAGGGAGGAGAAACGACAAAGAAGAUUGGAGAAGAGGAGGAGGAGGGCCCAGGAGAAGCCAUAUUACGCUGACUACUCCCCAUUGCGUCGAUCCAUACACACCGUGUGCACGAGCCACUACCUGGAUCUCUUCAUCACCAUCAUCAUCUUCACAAACCUCCUCACCAUGAGCAUGGAGCACUACAACCAGCCUCAGUACCUGGUGGAGAUACUCAAGUACUGCAAUUACGUCUUCACGGUGGUUUUUGUCAUCGAGGCCAUUCUCAAACUCAUCGCUUUUGGCCUGCGCCGCUUUUUCAAAGAGAGAUGGAACCAGCUGGACCUCGCCAUUGUGUUGUUGUCCAUCAUGGGAAUCACAUUGGAGGAAAUAGACCUGAAUGCUUCCCUCCCCAUCAACCCCACUAUCAUACGGAUCAUGAGAGUCCUGAGGAUAACACGAGUGUUGAAGCUGUUGAAGAUGGCAACAGGAAUGAGAGCUCUGCUGGACACUGUGAUGCAAGCUCUGCCUCAGGUGGGGAAUCUGGGUCUGCUCUUCAUGUUGCUGUUCUUCAUCUAUGCAGCUCUGGGAGUUGAGCUCUUUGGAAAACUGGAGUGUUCGGACGAGAACCCAUGUGAGGGUCUUAGUCGCCACGCUACCUUUGACAACUUUGGCAUGGCUUUCCUCACGCUCUUCAGGGUGUCUACUGGGGACAACUGGAAUGGGAUUAUGAAGGACACGCUGCGUGACUGUCGCCCACAGGAUCGCCACUGUCUAAGCUACCUGCCCCUGAUCUCUCCGGUUUACUUCGUCACCUUUGUCCUGACGGCUCAGUUUGUGCUGGUCAACGUGGUCGUAGCCGUUCUGAUGAAGCACCUGGAGGAGAGCAACAAGGAGGCUCAGCUGGAGGAGAUGGAGGAGAGGAGGGAGAGGGAGGAGAUGAGGGAGAGGGAGGAGGCCAACCAGCGUCUUAAUGCUGCGUCUGUGGGAGGAGACACGGGGCAAAAUGCGGAGACACCUGCCCAGGUGCAGUUUGAGGAUGAGGAGUGUUCCCAUGGCAACCUGCUGAGCAUUGGACGCAUGCUGUCUCUCCCUAGCGACAGCUACGUUCAGCCACUCAGAUUUCCUUCUUAUCCUCCCAUUGGCCACGAGGCUUACUCCAGCUACAGCUACUCAGGCUCCAUGUCAUCGCUGGGCUCCAGCGGGGGCAGCUCGCUGCUGCAGGUUCCAGGAGCUCUGCCCGCCAUCAGCCACGCUUCACUGCAGUUUGGACGCAGUACAAGGCCAAUGAUCUGCCUCAGCACCUCUCAGAGCACGGACAGGCACUCUCCACACAGACUCAGUCCGGCUGAUAGCAUAGAAGGAUACAGGUUUAGCCCAGCUCACAGAAUAAACAGACACAGACUUAACUCGGCUCAUAGUAUAGAUGGAUAUAAAUUCAGCCCCGCUCAUAGAUUAAACAGACACAGACUCAGCUCUGCUCAUAGUAUAGAUGGAUACAGGCUCAAUCCAGACCACAGUACAGACAGACCUAAGCUGAUGUCCAGCCACAGUAUAGACAGACAUCACUCACUCAGACUGAGUCCCACACAAAGACGUCCUUCUCACUGGCUCAGUCCUGAAGACAGUUCAGACAGAAACAAGCUGAGCCCCUCCUACGUUCCAGAAAGUUCAGUCCUGAAGAGACCAGCAUCCCUUCGCAUCGCGACCAGACAGUUACGGAGACAGGAGGCUGUGCGCUGUGACUCUCUGGAUCAGAGCGGCUCAACUGACGAUUUGGCAGAGCCCCACCUCACUGUGCCCACAGCCUCUUCCACACCGCCACGCCAGCGUUCAUCCAGCGUACACACACUGAAAUAUACACACCCCCAGAGGGUCAUCUCAUGCAGGAGCCACAGCCGGAGCCACAGUGAAACCACUGGCCAAGAACAUGUACCUGAGCAGGCCAUCUGCGGCUCGCAGCCAGAAACAGAUGUCGAGAAGCGGCCUCUCAGCCCGCAGAGUCUGUCCAGUCUGAAGGUCCCCAGCGGUGAAUCCACCUUAUCAGCUCCGCUCUGUAGCUCCAGAGCGGUCAGCCCCGACCCCAGUCUCCAGUUAGACGACGCCGACGAGGAAGUCAGCCGUAUUAACAGUUCCGUUCACACACACUCACACACACAACUUCCUCCCAGCUCCUCACACAAAAGCAGACACCUUACCCCGAGCCCUGGGGAGCACAGGAGCCGCCUCAGCCAAUCAGUGUCCCCGGUUUCGGGCAGGAACAGGAAGGAGAGGCUGAGCCCGCCGCCGGCGGAGGAGCCGGUUACCAUGGCUACCCAGCUGAUGGACAGCAGUGUUGAACUGAGAAGGCGGACUCUGUCCUUCGAUGCCACAACCCUCUCUCCCAAUCAGCUGGAAGGGAGCUCUGUGGACGACUAAACAGAGACGGUGGACUGGUUAUUCCCUGAAGUGAAGGAGCCUGAUGUGCUGCUGAAGCACACGAGAGGGGCGGGAACCGCAAUCCUGUUUCCUAUUUCCUGUUUCAGGCCCCGCCCUUCACCUCGUCCUGUCCAAUCACCAGAUUUUCACAGGGUGUGUGUGAGACGAACUCUUUCAGACUGUGCGUGUAUGCGUGUGUAUGUGUUCAAAGACUUUUCUCCCCUUUGUGCUAUUUGCACACAAGAUGCACACAAGAAUACGUUUCCUUUUCUUCUAUCAUAGUCCUAGCUUUAGUUCAGACAUAGUAGUCACUCCCAGCUAUAUUUACUCAAACACUAGCCCUCCCCUUGCUUGCUGUCCUCCUUCUGCCCUCACUCUCAUCCUUUUCCUUGCACCUCAAGCCUAGGUCAGAGUACGACACAAAAUGACUUGAAAGGUGCAGAUUAAGUUACAGGCUGAUCUGCUGAUGUUCAAACACACAGACAGAAAAGAGAGAUCACACUGCUAGGACUGCAACAAAUUAUUAUUUUAAUCACUAAUUAAUCUGCAACGAUUUGUCAAUUUUUUGAUGAGUUGAUCAUCAGAAAAUAAAUCGGCAAAUAUUUGGAUAAAUGUUUAAUCCUUUUGAAAAAUGCCACAAUUCUUUGAUUCAAGUGUCUCAGUUGUGAAUAUUUUCUGGUUUCUUUUGUCUUCUAUCAUAGUGAACUGAAUAUCUUUUUUUUGGGACAAAAGAAGACA